UGAUAGAGUAAUAUCGAUAAAAUACGCUAGGACAUAAGUGCGAGCUCUUUACAAAACUUUUUUUUCAUUUUCCAUACGACAGAUUGAAUAUUGCCAUUUUUACGUUUAUAUAUAGAGUUCUUGACUUUCUACCGAAUAAAUUCUAUAUAUUCCCUGCUUUUAACAGUAACUAGAAAAAAUAUGGAUGAUAAAAUCAAGACAGAGGGAUUCGAUUCAACUGAAGUCAAAAUUGAAGAGAUUGACUCUGACAUAUCUGAUGAUUGGGAGUUCAUGUCUAAAUACGAGGCAGACCUAGAAUCAGUUCCUUAUUUGGAUGUUCCUAAAAUGCAUGAAUGUUUUGAAGAAAGGGAUUUAAUUUCUUAUAAUACUAGCAUAGAAAGUGACAGGAAAUACGAUUAUGGGAUAUCUUCCCAAAAUGAUCAAGAAAGCGAUAGGGUUAGGAGAGAAUUAGAUGAAGCAAUGCAAGACGUACAGCAAAAUGAUCAAGCAAACAAUAGGCUUAGAAGAGAAAUAUUUGAAGCUAUGAAGGAUGUACAUCAAAAUGAACAAGAAAAUGACAGGGAUAGGACAGAAAUGUACGAAACUAUGAAGGAUGUACCUCAAAAUAAUCAAGACAACGAUGGGCUGAGAAGAGAAAUAGAUGAAGCUAUACAGGACGUACCUCAAAAUAAUCCAGAAAGUGAUAAGGUCAGGAGAGAAAUAUGCGAAGAUAUGCAGAAUGUGUCUCAAAAUAAUCAAGAAGACUAUAGGGUUAGGAGAGAAAUAGACGAAGCUAUGCAAGAUAUAUACCUAAAUGAGCAAGAAAACGACAGGAUGACGAGAGAAAUUGACGAAGCUUUUAGGGACGUACAUCAAAAUGAGCAAGAAAACGACGGGCUGAGAAGAGAAAUAGAUGAAGCUGUACAGGACGUACCUCAAAAUAAUCCAGAAAGUGAUAAGGUCAGGAGAGAAAUAUACGAAGCUAUGCAGGAUGUACCUUAAAAUAAUCAAGAAGACAAUAGGGUUAAUAGAGAAAUAGAUGAAGUAAUGCAAGAUAUAUACCAAAAUGAGCAAGAAAACGACAGGAUAACGAGAGAAAUAGACGAAGCUUUGAAGGACGUACAUCAAAAUGAGCAAGAAAACGACGGGCUGAGAAGAGAAAUAGAUGAAGCUAUACAGGGCGUAUCUACAAAUAAUCCAGAAAGUGAUAAGGUCAGGAGAGAAAUACGCGAAGAUAUGCAGAAUGUGUCUCAAAAUAAGCAAGAAAACAAUAGGGCUAAUAGAGAAAUAGAUGAAGCUAUGCAAGAUAUAUACCAAAAUGAGCAAGAAAACGACAGGAUAACGAGAGAAAUAGACGAAGCUUUGAAGGACGUACUUCAAAAUGAGCAAGAAAACGACGGGCUUAGAAGAGAAAUAGAUGAAGCUAUACAGGGCGUACCUACAAAUAAUCCAGAAAGCGAUAAAGUCAGGAGAGAAAUAUACGAAGAUAUACAGAGUGCGUCUCAAGAUAAGCAAGAAAAUGAUAGGGUUAGGAAAGAAAUAGAUGAAACUAAGCUGGAUAAUGCAUUUCAAGACGCUUAUUCUGUCAUUUUUUUAGGUGCGUCUAAAGUUAGUGAAUUUAUUAAAGGAACUGAUUCCGUCACUAAUGCAACAAGUGCAAAAAUUGAAAGACAAAACGAACAAGAAAUAUUUUCCCAACAUUGUGAAAGAGAAAAAAGAGAUGAGUGCAAACAAGUGCAAUUUCCUCAGCAUGAGCAAUAUGAAGAAAGCAAAAAAUUAAGCAGAGAAAUUGAUGAAACAUUGCUGGAUAAAUCUUUUCAACGUGAUCAAGAACAAAAGAAUGAAAAAGUUGGAAAAGAAAUGUAUGAAGUUUCGCAGGAUAAAUCUUCCCAACCUAGUUCCGAAAUUUUGAUCCAAAAUAAGCCAGAUAAAA